AUGAGAACCAUCAGCACCUUGGUAUUCCUUGCAGCCCUCCUCGCUGUGGCGGCUGCCGAGCAGAGUUCCGGCAGCAAGGCCAGAAAGGAGAGUGCUCUCUCCAAGAUCGUGCCCCGUCUUCUGUGGAACCUUAAGCGCGGCGACAACCAGGAGAGUCACAGGAACUCACAGCCCAUUAUCAUAGUGCAGCAGCCCAGCAAGAACUCGGACUACGAUGAGGACAAGCACUACCAUCACCAUAGACCACACUAUCCCUACUACCCGUACUACCCACCACCACCGCCACCCAGCCGUCCACCGCCGCAGUUCCCAGGAAUGGAGUACAUGAGCGCUACCGGCAGCGGACCCACUUACCUCAUCAUCAACCCCAACAAUGCGCAGGGCAUCUACCUGCCAUCGUCCAGCAGCAAUAGCACCAACUCGACCAGCGCCCGCCGCAGUGCCUUCGUGCCCACGAUCGCCGAUCUGCUCCAGGGCCUCAGUCUGGAUGAUCUGUCUGACGGCAGCCUGUUCGAGGAUGACUCUGAUGUGGUCGAGGCCGCCGAGGACGGCACCGUAGAGCUGGCCGCCGACUCUAACGGUAGUUCGUCACUGGCCCACGAUGACCGCGAUGAGGACUUAGUCUCCGAGGAGGAGAUCGAGGCACUUGAUCGCCAAAGCAACCGCGGCGUGAGUCCCAAGCACCUGGUCUCGAUCCUCAUGCAGGACAAGCGGCGUCGCCGCAUCCAAGAGGUCCUGGCCGGCAUCUAUAUGAGGAACUACAACCUGAACAGAAAGUAG